GCGGAGAGGAAGUGACGUUCAGAAGUGACGUCACCUCUCCGCUGUGUUAGUGACGGAAACAUGCGGUGAGCGUGCAGGAUGUCUGACGGGAAGAAUGAUCCCACCCCUGGUGUUCCCAGGACCCCGAUCGGGGGAGCUAGGGGUCUGGUUGGGCGUAGACCAUCAACACCUCUCACACCUGGUCGCCUUCCUUCCAUCCGCUCCCGGGACCUUACCCUUGGUGGUGUCAGAAAGAAAACCUUUGCUCCAAAUAUAAUUGGAAGGAAGAUAAAAGAAGAGCCGAAAGAGGAGGUGUCUGUAAAAGUUGAGCGGGCCGACCGCAACAGAGAUCGUCGUGAUGGAUCAGGCAGAGGGCGCGGGAGACCACAAGUCAUCCAGAGUCACUCCAUCUUUGAGCAGGGGCCUGCAGAGCAACUCAAGAAAAAAACUGCAUGGGAUGGACCCUCCGAUUCGGGUGAUCUUGGACCCUCACACAUCAUUAACAUAAAACGGGAGAAAAGGGAGACGGAGGAGGAGACAAAACAGAUCCUUCGAAUGCUGGAAAAUGACAAGUUUUUAGAUGACCCAGGACUGAGGAAUGAUGCCCAGAAUCGGCCUGUACAGCUCCCUCUUGCCCAUUCAGGCUGGCUGUUCAGAGAUGAAGAGGAGGAAGACGAUGUGACCCCCAUGAAAGCUUUACCCAAAGAGGAAAAGAUGGAAGUGGACUCUUCGUCUGUCAAAGUGAAGGAAGAACCAAUGGAAGAGGAUGAGGGUUCACUGAAGACUGGUGUUCCACUAAGCAAAGCACCAAUAGUGAAGAAGCCACCUGAGAAGAAGGACGUAUCUCUUCCAGAGUUACUGGAAUCUCUCGGUAUCUCUGGAGAAGAUACUCUGUUUUUCAUGCAGCUCCCGGACUCUCUUCCUGGGCAGCCGCCUACCCAGGACUCCCGGCCGGUCAAGACUGAAGUACAGAGUGAAGACGGACACAUGUUACUAGUGAAGGACAAAAGUCAGGAGGCGAGUGCGGCCGAGGAGAGCUGCUCCCUGAAGGAUCUGUCUGAGGGUCAGAUGGGGAAACUACUCGUGCGAAAGUCAGGCAAGGUGCAGCUUGUCUUAGGCAAAGUCACUCUUGAUGUCACCAUGGGAACAUCUUGCUCCUUCUUACAGGAGCUGGUAGCGGUUAGCGUCGGGGAGGCUCGCAGAGGAGAGAUGAUGGUGCUGGGACACGUGCAGCAUAAGCUUGUCUGCUCACCAGACUUCGAUUCACUUCUGGAGAGGCGGCACCGCUGAUAUACCGUCCAUAUCCACCAAGAAGGACUUCAUUAUACACCACAGACUGUGCAAUGCCAAGACAGGAGACCCUCAGAUACAGUAUCACAAGGGUCUGGUAGCACUAUUUUUUUUGUUUCUUUUUGUUUUCAUAAGCCAAAUCUUCUCCUGAGUACAGUGAAGGCUUAUAUAGGACAUAUGGUGUGUGCCAUUUAUUGUUUAUGUCAUACAGAAGGCUGCAGAGCCGCCCUCCCGUGAUGUAUUGGAGGACAUGUUGGAUGACUGCAAAGUGUAAUUUAUUAAACAGGACACAUUA